AUGGGAAGAAAUGGUGGUGGAGAAGGUGGAGCAGCAGCAUCAGUGGGUGGUAUUUCAGAGUGCUGUAUGUGCGGAGAUUAUGGCUUAUCUUCCCAUCUCUUCAUAUGCAAACACUGCCGAUUCCGAUCCCAGCACAAAUAUUGCAGCAAUCUGUAUCCAGAAGCUGAAUCCUACCACAUUUGCAAUUGGUGCCUUAGCCAAAAGGGCGACAAGAAAGGAGAAUUACUGGGAAAUACAAAAGCCAGCUCUCCCAAUUCCUCCUCAUCAUCACUCAAAACCCCAAGUGAUCAUCAAGAUCACAUGAAGAUGAACAACGGGAAGAGGGUUUUGGGGGAAAAUGAUGGAGGUCUAAAGGACACUAGUGACCAAAUAAAGAAGCAGAAGAAGUCGUCCCAGACGACGGAGCGAUCCGGACCGUCGUCGGCAGGUAGGAAGAGGGUCACAACUGAUCGUGGAGGGAGUAUCGGUAAGAAGACAAGGUCAGAAGAGGUAUCAAAUGGUGGGGUGAAUAUCAUAAAACAAGUGUUCAGAAACAAGGUGAGGAGAUAUAAGCUUUUGGAUGAAGUCCCGAGCUAGCUAGUUAAUUACAUGUAAAGAAGAUUGAAAAUUUUUGCAUGAGAGUAUAUAUGUAUAUGGUAUGGUAAUGAAAUUUUUAGAUGUUUAAUUGCUUUGUAUCAAUCAUGAAAAGGUUUUAUUUGUGAGAGGAAGAGAUAUACAUUU